GUUUUAGACAUUGCUAAUAACAAGCACUUACUGUAUGUUAAUUCAAUUCAAUUUUGUUUAUAAAGCGCUUUUCACAAUGUGGAUUGUUCCAAAGCAGCUUUACAGUAGAAAAAUACAGAAAAUGCAAAGCACAGUUCAUUCUAGUAAACAAUAUCAAAUAAAUGCAGUCUCCCCGUGAGCAAGCCAGCCAACAAGGAACCCAAACUCCAAUGAUAAAUAAAUGGAGAAAAAAAACCUCGGGAUAAACCAGUCUCAGCCGGGAGGGCCAGAUCUCCUCUGACGUGUCACAGCUGCGCUCAGUUAUGCAUGUUAUUGUAUGUAUGUUAUUGACUUGUUAAACGAUGAUAUGUAAUGUAAACAUAAGCAUCAGUUUUAGAUGGCUGAGUAUACUUAGGUCAAGCAUAGAGUCACAGCUGGAUGCUUUAAAGAGGUCAUUUCACACAAUUUAGUACAACGGCAAAAGCUUUUUGUGCAUACAAUAGCUAGAAUACAGAAUAUAGUUUUCAUGAUCAAAAAUGUAAAUUCUGUCAUUAUUUACUCACCCUCUUGUCAUUUCAACCCUGUAUGACUUCUGCAGAACACAAAAUAAGAUCUUUUGAAGAAUGCUGUUAACUGGCACCAAUUGACCUGGGUUUUGCGUGCCAGCACAGUUCAGUUACCAACUUUCUUUAAAAUAUCUCAGGUUUAAAAUACAGGUUUAAAAUGACAGGAGGGUGAGUAAAUGGUGACGGAAUUUCUUUUUUUGGGUGAACCAUCACUUUAAACUGACUAUUUUUAGCUGCUGUGCACUUUAUCAGUCAAAUCAGCUCAUAGUUUGUGUUUGCGUUUAUGUCUCCAACAUACUGUAGUUUUAAACUUCCCCUAUCCUUCAAUAACUUCUUUGGCUGCAUUAGAUUACCGACUGUUGUCAGAUGGAGAUCAUCAGGAAUCUUGUUAAAACGUAUUUUUCAAUUCAUUUGGAUUCUGGAAUGACUUUACAGCACUGCACAUAGCAAGCAAAAGUGUUCCAAAUUGAUCUGUUAUUCUCAUUUUUGAUGCUUCUUUUUACCUCUUUCUGAUUGGGCGGCCCAUGAUUCUUUAAUAACGUUUUUUAUGAAUGUAUAAAUGUAAAUGCAUUCAUGGUAAUAUGAUCACAGCAUUAGAUAUUAUUAUGCAGAUAAGGGUUUGCCUUGUUUGUGGUAUGCUUUAAUUUUCGGAUAUCACAACGUUUUUAAGCUAAAACUGCAUUAUUAGUAGUGACAGUGUUGGCUGUAUUUGAAGGAGACACUCCAUCAUUUAUAAUGUGCUGCCAGCCAUAUAAUCUUAACAAACUAUUUAGAUUUCUUCUUUUGUUAUUUAUUUGAGGGCCAAAAACAUCAGAAGAACAAUACAGCUGUACAGAAUUAUCAGUAUCAUCUCUGAUAACACAGUUUUGAAUGAUGUUCUUAUUCAUUAUCAUGGAGUCUGUGUGCCCAUUCUGAAAGUGUUAAGUUUGUUAUGUGUACAGUGUACGUUUAUUCUUUCAACUCGCUACUCAGAGAUUCACUCUAAUGAUCGAUAAACGACCCAUGAGAGCGGCCUGAAUUUUAUUCAGCAACAGAUGAAAGCUUUAUUUGUCCACAAAGAGCCAAGCAGAUGAACUUUUAGUACCUGCUUAACACCACAGAACUGUGGAAUCAGCAGCAUGUCGGUCCAGAAAAUUAUUGUACAGAUUGUGUAAGAGGAAGAGAGUUGAUUUUACAGAGAUAAGAGAUGCGUUGGGUCAUAUCUGAUUCAUUGGUCCUGGGGCCGCAUUCACAAAACAUUCUUAAGAAGAAAAUCCUUCUUAACUGCCAUGUUUCUUCUUAAAUUCUAAUAAAUGAAAAAAGUGGGGAAUGUUACGUAUUCCCGAAAAAAAACUUCUGAAGAGAGUUCUUAGAAAUGUUCUCAAGAUUAAUUUUAGGAAAAAAUUGAGAAGAAUCAAAUUCUCUAAACAAAAGCGGUCGUAAAUAUCAUCUUAAAAUUACGGUGGUCUUAAAUCUUAAAAGGUAAGAUGUUUAAUACAUAUAUUUGGUUGCUCACAUGUGACGUGUAUUGUUUUGAGCCAGAAUCAUAAUUUUGACGUUUGCUUGCCAUUAAGGAAUAUUAGUAAUGAUAAGGUCUAGCUCCCUCACUUUAGCUUUCAUUAUUAUAGUGCUUUUUACAAUAUUCUGGGGCAAAGUGAUGACUCGAAACGGAUAGGGUCACAAGUAUUAUGCCGUAGUAAAACACAAAAAGUAUUAUAAUAAGUAUAAUUUUCAAAGCUUGCCAACAUAUUAGCAAUCAUCCGAUCAUAAAUGACGUUUAAUGCGAAUAUACAGCAUAUAUACUACAUAAGUAAUCAAUGUGCUUAUUUUUACACGCAUAAAGUUUAUUAGAUAAACAUCUAGUUACCACUUGAGCAAGCGAUUGUAAUCAUAUUAUUUUAUUCUUACGACAAAAAUGAAGACGUUCUUAGGAAAAUAUUUGAGAACGUUUUAAGAAAUGUUUGACAGAUCGCUAUUACGAACUUCCUCUAAUCGAUCUUACGAACAAUCUUAGAUUUUGUCUUUAGAACAGUUUUGUGAAUCUGGCCCCUGGUCCACAGUAGGUGCUGCAGGGGAAAUCUCAUUACUCUUCACUCUUGGAGGACCUCUACGGUGGACUUUGCUUUGUAUGUUUAUUUUAUGAGGCGGGUCUGGUUAUAGGUAACUAAACGGAGCCACCAGCAUGCUGUAAUGGUACAAAGAGAGUAAACGUGCAUGCUUUUACAGUUUGACACCAUAGAAAUGCAAUAUUUAUAGUCUGCACCUGUUUACAAGCAAUCGCAUCCUGCCAAACACAUUCUCAGAAAUUAAUGUGAUACAACCCCUCCGCAUGAUUUUGUGAGUAUUUAUACAGACAAUCUCUAUUGUUUAUAGUUUUGCGUGGUUGACCAGUAGUUGAAGGCGUAUGAUGUUUUGAGCGGUUGCUAACCCUUGUUCUACAAAGUCUCAUUGUUUAUUAAAAAAUCUGCCAACAUACCCUUACCUAAGCAUAUCUCAUGAGCAUUUAGACAUGAGCUAGCAUGGAGGUAUUUAAGACACACCUUUUUGUAGUACUGCCUUCUUACCUGUCCUGUCAGCAGACGUUAAGACAUGUUUUGUAUUAACACAUAGGCAUGCAUAAUUUUACGGAAACUAUUUUGUGAAAAAUGUAAGAUCAACCGUUUGACGCCCCAGGACAUCAACUGCUUGAAAUUUUUUCAUUCAAGAAUCUAUGGGGAGCAAAUGAAGAGGAAGCAACUCAACGAGCCCGUUUAUAUAUGAUCCCUCGGAUCCGACAAUUGUGGCUCCAGACACCCGUGGCCCUCCAGCAGUGUCUGCGCCUUUAAAUGACCCGCGUGCACGGCCGCCGGCUACCGCAAGGCAGAGGAUGAGAUGAGCGGAACCACAUCACAGGCGGACCCGAUAGACUCCACAGCGCGGAUUGUGCUCCUCAACCGACCCCAGACCACCAAAUAUUGUGAUAACCAUGUCAGCACGGCUAAAUACGGGAUCCUCACAUUCCUGCCGCGCUUCCUGUACGAACAGAUCAGACGGGCAGCUAAUGCUUUCUUCCUCUUCAUCGCUCUCAUGCAGCAAAUCCCUGACGUCUCGCCGACGGGUCGCUACACGACACUGGUACCUCUCAUCUUCAUUCUGACUGUAGCUGGGAUCAAAGAGAUCAUUGAGGAUUAUAAAAGACACAAAGCAGACAACACGGUGAACAAGAAAAAGACAACAGUUCUGCGUAACGGAGCAUGGCAGACCAUCAUAUGGAAGCAGGUGGCAGUGGGAGACAUAGUCAAGGUGACCAAUGGCCAGCAUCUCCCGGCUGACAUGGUCAUAGUGUCCUCCAGUGAGCCUCAGGCCAUGUGUUAUACUGAAACAUCGAACUUGGAUGGAGAGACCAACCUGAAGAUUCGACAGGGUCUUUCUCUGACAGCCUGUGUUCAGUCUUUGGAGGAAAUGAUAGCUUUGUCUGGUCGUCUGGAAUGUGAAGGACCAAAUAGACACCUGUAUGACUUCACUGGAACACUGCGCCUUGAUAACCACAACCCAGUUCCACUUGGGCCAGACCAGGUGUUGUUACGAGGUGCCCAGCUCAGGAACACACAAUGGGUUGUGGGAAUUAUAGUGUACACUGGACAUGAUUCCAAACUAAUGCAAAAUUCCACUAAAGCACCCCUGAAACGCUCAAAUGUUGAGCGGGUGACAAAUAUGCAGAUUUUAGUGUUGUUCUGCAUUCUUCUGGUCAUGGCCCUGGUCAGCUCCAUCGGGGCCGCCAUAUGGAACAAACAACAUACGGUUAAGACCUGUUGGUACCUUUCCCGUGAAGGUGACACCUCCUUGAACUUCUGGUACAAUCUGCUGACUUUCAUCAUCCUCUAUAACAACCUGAUUCCCAUAAGUCUACUGGUCACACUGGAAGUGGUCAAAUUCACUCAGGCUCUCUUUAUUAACUGGGACGUUGAGAUGUAUUACUCUGAGACAGACACGCCCGCCAUGGCACGAACGUCCAAUCUGAAUGAAGAGCUCGGCCAAGUAAAAUAUCUGUUUUCUGACAAGACGGGGACUCUCACCUGCAACAUCAUGCACUUUAAGAAGUGCACGGUAGCUGGGAUCACAUACGGGCAUUUCCCAGAUCUGGAGUGUGAUCGAUCCACGGAGGACUUCAGUCACCUUCCAUCUACAAGUCACAACUCCACCGAGUUUGAUGAUCCUGCACUUAUCCAGAACAUCGAGAGGAACCAUCCCACCUCACCACAGAUUUGUGAGUUUUUGACCACGUUGGCAGUUUGUCAUACGGUUGUUCCUGAGAGAGAUGGAGACCAAAUUAUCUACCAGGCUUCCUCACCAGAUGAAGGAGCUCUGGUGAAAGGUGCCAAAGGUCUGGGCUUUGUUUUUACUAACAGAACACCCGAUUCGGUGAUCAUAGAUGCGAGAGGGAAAGAGCAGUCUUAUGAACUGCUUAAUGUACUAGAAUUUUCUAGCAAUCGCAAAAGGAUGUCAGUGAUUGUGAGAACACCAACAGGCAAACUGCGUCUUUAUUGCAAGGGAGCAGAUAAUGUAAUCUUCGAGCGUCUGAAUGAGGCGUCGCAGUUUAAGGACCUAACCAUAGUCCACCUGGAGCAGUUUGCUACGGAAGGGUUACGGACUCUCUGUUUUGCGUAUGUUGACCUGACGGAGGCAGCGUACCAGGAAUGGCUGAAGGAGUAUAAUAGAGUUAGCACGGUGAUAAAGGACAGAGCUCAGAAACUGGAGGACUGCUAUGAACUCAUAGAAAAGAACCUGCUGUUGCUGGGGGCCACUGCUAUAGAAGACCGUCUGCAAGCAGGAGUUCCAGAAACCAUAGCCACACUCAUGAGGGCCGACAUCAAGAUCUGGGUCCUGACCGGAGACAAGCAGGAGACUGCUAUUAACAUUGGUUACUCCUGUAGGCUGAUCUCACAUGGCAUGUCGCUCGUCAUUGUCAACGAAGAUACCCUGGAUGCAACCAGGGCCACACUAACAGCGCACUGUUCCUCGCUGGGUGACUCUCUGAGGAAGGAGAACGAGUUGGCACUCAUCAUAGACGGACAGACGCUCAAAUACGCCCUCUCUUUUGAAGUUCGGCAGGCCUUUCUCGACCUCGCUCUGUCAUGCAAAGCCGUCAUCUGCUGCAGGGUGUCUCCACUACAGAAGUCAGAGAUAGUGGACAUGGUUAAGAAGCACGUGAAGGCCAUCACGCUGGCUAUAGGAGAUGGAGCCAACGAUGUGGGCAUGAUUCAGACGGCACAUGUUGGCGUGGGCAUCAGUGGGAACGAGGGCAUGCAAGCUACCAACUCAUCGGACUACUCUAUAGCUCAGUUUUCCUACCUGGAGAAGCUGUUAUUGGUUCACGGGGCCUGGAGUUACAACCGCGUUACCAAAUGUAUCCUGUACUGUUUCUAUAAGAACGUGGUUCUGUACAUCAUAGAGCUUUGGUUUGCAUUUGUAAACGGUUUCUCCGGACAGAUCCUUUUUGAACGCUGGUGCAUUGGACUGUACAAUGUGAUCUUUACGGCAUUGCCACCGUUCACACUGGGAAUAUUUGACCGGCCGUGCAGUCAACAGAACAUGCUGCGAUUCCCUCAGCUUUACCGUAUCACACAAAACGCAGAGGGUUUCAACACAAAGGUCUUUUGGGGUCACUGUAUAAAUGCACUCAUUCACUCCAUUAUUCUCUUUUGGUUUCCACUCAAAGCUUUGGAGCACGACACUCCUUUUGACAACGGCAACAGUGUCGACUACCUGUUUGUGGGGAACAUUGUCUACACGUAUGUAGUGGUAACUGUAUGUCUAAAAGCCGGCAUGGAGACUACAGCUUGGACAAGGUUUUCUCAUCUGGCUGUAUGGGGCAGCAUGGUGCUCUGGAUGCUGUUUUUCACCGUUUAUUCCGCUAUCUGGCCAACCAUCCCUAUAGCACCGGAUAUGAUGGGCCAGGCUGGUAGAGUGAUGCAGUGCUGGACCUUCUGGCUGGGCCUGAUACUGGUGCCAACAGCAUGUUUGCUCAAGGAUGUAGUGUGGAACGCGGGAAGACGCACAGUGAAGAAGACUCUCCUGGAGGAAGUGCAGGAACUAGAGGCUCGAGCCGUGGACCCAGGAGCAGCCGUCCUCAGAGACGCCAGUGGCCGCAGUCUGAACGAGCGUGCCCACCUGCUCACACGGGUCUUCAGGAAAACGCCCUCCAGCGUGGGACGCUCAAACUCUGUGCAACAGACCGUGUCACAUGGAUAUGCGUUCUCACAGGAGGAGCAUGGCGUGGUUUCUCAGUCCCAGGUCGUGCGCUCCUACGACACCACCCGUCAACGACCCAGUCUGUAGCUGUCACAGCAGCAGCAGCUGGUAGAGACUUCAGAAUCACAACUGUGCUGGGGGAUCCUGCUGUGGCCUUUUGGGAUCUUUAAAACGAACUAAACUGAACUGGGCACAGCUACACAGCGCAUUGGCUCCCAUAAAGAGGCUGGACAUUUUGGAAGGGAAUGGAUUGACGGAAAUGGAGGGUUGGGGGUGGGCGGGAUCUUCUGCCAUUGAAAUGGCCAGUCAAAACGCACUACACAUGAACAGACAGGCAACAGAAGCCAAGUAGCAUUCAGAUAUGGAACGUCAGAGACGAUAGUGUUUCUCUGCCUAUAUCAUUAACACGAGUCACUAAACUGCUUCAUAAUCGCCCUUAAGAUUUUCUUUUGUUUGCAUUUGGUUAUUUAUUGUGCGGGUGCGCGUCUCCAUCCACACGUUUGUCUAUGCGAGCGUAUACAUGCACCGAGAAGGACCUCAAUUCUAUUGCGUAUGGCUUGUCUUUUGAACUUGUUUCUAUGUGUGCUUGGAUGAUUUAUGGAGAGACCUCUUUGUCUAACAUGUGUGAUGUUCAAGACAGCUGUUUUGCUUCUCUGUUGUGCGUAUGUGUGCCUGCAUGUGUUUGUGGGAGGCUGGUUAUGUGAGUGUUUUUGUUGAGUCUUAACGUCGGUGUCUCCAGAGAUCGAAGAUGGCGUCAGCACCACAGUGUUGCAGAGGAGGGGAGGCCACUCUAAAUAAACAUUAAAUUCCCACACACAGCGUCACUUCGGAGGGAUUCCUAUAGCAGACCUGAAAUGGGGGAGGUGUGUGUACUUUUGCUUUAGAUUCGUCUCUCCAUCAACAGACCUGCUAGAUACACACUUGCGUAUGAACACACACAGUUAUCGUCCCCCCAAACCAAAAACGCUGCCAAAACACACGUCAAUUCCUCAGAGGAACCCCUACAGCCUCUCCCGCUCUGCAGCAUGGAGCUCCCCGCCUUACCACACGCACACUAACACACCUACUCGUUCUCCUGCUCUCUUCCACUAAUAUUCUACUUAAUGGCAGUCUCUGUACAGGAGUCUGUAUCUUAGACCUCAUAUUCUCUCCCUCUAUCUACCUCUUUCGCUGUCAUUCCCUCUCCAGAUCCACAAUCUCCAUGUGUCCUUGUUGUCAUGGUCUAGUUAACCUUCAAAUGUCCCUCUAUGUUUCACUGCUCCGGGUCAAACCUGUAGCUUUGCUUUGUCUGCUUUCACUCAACCUGUUGGGUUUCUGGACCGUUUCGUCAAAAUAAACUGGACUUGUGACUCUU